AUGGUUGGCUGUCCCCCCUAUUCUUCUCGCCGAGGGCACGCGGAUCCGGGCCGGGCCGCCGGGAACUCACCUUCCCAGCGACCCGCUUGGCAGGGCGGGGCGCCUCGCGAAGAUGGUGGCACGCGCGGCGUGUGGCUCCCUCCGUCUGGCCAGGUCCCAGCGCCGAGCCCUGACCAGCGCUUCGCUGGCCUGGAGCCCUCGCCCCCCGGGCCCCUGACCCGGAAGCAGCGCGGAACCAGAAGCGCGACCCGGCCCGCGCCCCCGGGCUUCGGCUUCCCCAUCGCCCCUCCACCCCAGUUGCUUAUUCCGUUUACUCUGCUGGGAUGGCGUCAGAGCCAGGCACCGCUUUGCCCUAAUGGGGAGGGGGUGACAUUUAAUAGAGUAGUGACAACAGAAUACACUGGUCCUGAAACUAUGCCCAUAGUUUCCCCGAAACUAUUCUCAGGAACCUGGGUGACCGCAUGGGAAGGGCAUCCGGGAGAGUCCUGCGAAGGUGCAGAGAACCCCGUGCGAAGAGAACAUGUGGGAAAGCCGGGUGGCUGCACUGCAAGGGACUGCAGCGCUGUGCACCAUGGGGGGAGCUUGGCAGCUUUAGCAGGUGCCCGGUGCAGUGCCCAAGCUGACUCAGGUUCCAGUGAGGAUGAUGCGGCCAGCGAGGCCCGCAGUACCACCAGCGAGUGUCCCAGUCUUCUCAGCACCACAGCGGAGGAUAGCCUAGGGGGGGAUGCUGUGGAUGAGCAGGGCCAACAGGAAGAUCUCGAAGAAAAGCUAAAGGAGUGUGUGGACUGCCUCACAAACAAGAGUGCCAAGACCCGGCAAGGAGCUCUGGAGAGCCUGCGCCUGGCCCUGGCUUCCCACCUGCUCCCUGACUUUUUGCUGGAGCGCUGCCUCACUCUGGCUGAUGCCUUGGAAAAGUGCCUCAAGAAAGGGAAGGGUGACGAGCAGGCCCUGGCUGCUGCCGUGCUAGGCCUGCUCUGUGUGCAGCUGGGCCCUGGACCCAAGGGCGAGGAGCUGUUCCACAGCCUGCAGCCCCUGCUAGUCUCCGUGCUCAGCGACGGCACAGCUAGCCCCGCCGCCCGGCUUCACUGUGCUUCUACUCUUGGCUUGGGGUGCUACGUGGCUGCUGCCGAUGUCCAGGACCUGGUCUCUUGCCUCACCUGCUUAGAAGGUGUUUUCAGCCAGCCCUGUGGCACAGAUGGCUCAACAGCUCCCGUGGCCCCUGCCAGCCUGCAGGGCCUGCUCUGUGCUGCCCUGCAGGCCUGGGCGUUGUUGCUCACUCUCUGCCCCAGCACCCACAUCAGCCACAUCCUUGACAGGCAACUGUCCCAGCUGCCCCAGCUCUUGUCCAGUGAGAGUGUGAACCUGCGGAUUGCUGCUGGUGAAACCAUCGCACUACUCUUUGAGCUCGCCCGGGACCUUGAGGAGGACUUCGUGUACGAGGACAUGGAGGCCCUGUGCAGUGCCCUGCACACUCUCGCCACGGACAGCAACAAGUACCGUGCCAAAGCCGACCGCCGGCGCCAGCGCUCCACUUUCCGCGCCGUGCUGCACUUCGUUGAGGGUGGUGAAUGUGAGGAAGAGACGAUCCGCUUUGGACUGGAAACGCUGUAUGUGGACAGCUGGGCUCGGCACCGGGUCUACGCUGCCUUCAAGGACGUGCUGGGCUCGGGCAUGCACCACCACCUGCAGAAUAAUGAGCUGCUCCGGGACAUCUUCGGCUUGGGCCCUGUGCUGGUGCUGGAUGCCGCUGCUCUGAAGGCCUGUAAAGUUUCACGUUUUGAGAAGCACCUGUACAAUGCUGCUGCCUUCAAAGCCCGGACCAAGGCUCGAAGCCGUGUGCGGGACAAGCGGGCAGAUGUCCUGUGAAGUGGGCCAGCUGAAGACAAAACUGUCCACACCCCUGCCCAUAUUUUUAACAGAAGACAGUGCAAGAACUGGUCUCUGCCAGUGAUUGUCACUUUAUUUUUCUUAAAGACAAAACCAAAAACAGGGUGGCUGAAUGGCGUGAGGGACCCUGCCCUUUAUCCCUGCACUCAGCCCUGUGGCUUAUUCCUGCCCUAUUUCAGGCAGGCCCAAGUGGACACCUGUCUCAGGGCUGUGGGGCAGGCAGUAGGGGGCCGUCCCUUCCUUCCGCGCUCCUUUGGAGUGACCCAGUUCUUUGGGGUAUUGGCAUCUACACAGAUGCCACCAUGGCAAGUGGGGAGGCAGAGCUACCUGGAAAGGACUUUUGUGUUGAUUUUUAAAGAUGUAAGAGAUAAUUAAAUAGAGUAUAAUGUUC